AUUUUAAACUGCAAGCGUUGGGAGAAAGGAAGGAAGACCUUAUCAUUUCCGAAUUUCAUUUUCAGAAGCCUCUUUGGGAAUCAAAUCCGAAGCAUGAUGCAUUGUGCGAGCAUUGUCUCGGCUCCGUCCUACGCGUUCCCUUUUCGCUCUGGCUCCGCUUCCACUACUCCAACUGCGAUCUCGCUCACUAAGCGCAGUUGGAAGCCACCUCCGAGCAUGGCAAAAGGCCCAGUCAGAGCCACCGUUUCUAUAGAGAAAGAGACCCCGGAGGCCAAUCGUCCCGAAACGUUUCUCAGAGGAGUGGACGAGGCCCAGUCUUCCACUUCGGUUCGGGCCCGCUUCGAGAAGAUGAUAAGGGAGGCCCAGGACACCGUGUGCAGUGCCCUCGAGGCCGCUGAUGGUGGGGCCCAGUUCAAGGAGGACGUUUGGUCCAGGCCCGGUGGCGGCGGUGGCAUUAGCAGGGUCCUUCAAGACGGUGCCGUUUGGGAGAAGGCUGGGGUUAAUGUCUCUGUUGUUUACGGUGUCAUGCCACCUGACGCAUAUCGUGCUGCCAAGGGUGUUCCUACCGAUCAAAAACCUGGUCCUGUGCCUUUCUUCGCUGCUGGAAUCAGCUCCGUUUUACACCCAAAGAACCCGUUUGCCCCUACCCUACAUUUCAACUAUCGCUAUUUUGAAACCGAUGCUCCUAAAGAUGCUCCUGGAGCACCUAGACAAUGGUGGUUUGGUGGGGGAACUGACUUGACACCAGCUUACAUUUUUGAGGAGGAUGUUAAGCACUUCCAUUCAAUUCAAAAACAAGCCUGUGACAAGUUUGAACCUACUUUUUACCCCCGAUUCAAGAAAUGGUGUGAUGAUUACUUUUAUAUCAAGCAUCGAGGUGAAAGGAGAGGGCUUGGAGGAAUAUUUUUUGAUGAUCUUAAUGACUAUGAUCAGGAGAUGCUCCUUUCCUUUGCUACUGAAUGUGCAAAUUCUGUUAUUCCUGCUUAUUUACCUAUCAUAGAGAAAAGGAAGGAUUUGCCCUUCAAUGAUCAUCAGAAAGCAUGGCAACAAUUGCGAAGGGGACGAUAUGUUGAAUUCAAUUUGGUAUAUGAUAGGGGUACAACAUUUGGACUGAAAACUGGAGGGAGAAUAGAGAGUAUACUUGUUUCUCUCCCACUGACUGCUCGGUGGGAAUACGAUCAUAAACCGGAAGAAGGAAGCGAAGAAUGGAAACUCUUGGACGCAUGCAUCAACCCCAAGGAAUGGAUCUAAUUCAUCAGUUGACCCCCCAAUUUGUCAGCUUUUUAAUUUAAUAAUAAGGGAGCUUGUUUCUUUUUUCGGUGUAUAUCAAGUGCUUGUUAUGAUGAGUCAGAAUGUUAGCUUGUUGUACUAGGUGGAUUGUAAAUCACGUAUUUUGCUAGAGUCAUCCGCGUAAAGCGUGAAAAUGCAGAAAAUUACAAAUGUCUAGGCUGCGUCUGUAGUAUACCUACUGCCAACCAUUGUUCUUUCUACAAGUAACUCCUCAAUCCCAUGUAAGAAAACAAAAGGCAGCUUCUUUAAUGCCAGUAUUGCACAACACCUCAGACUAGUAAAUUGGUAAUUCUGUUGAAGGUGAUAUAAUACUUUUGACUGAAAAAUCUUUGAGCAA